AUGAAGCUGGUGAUAGUCUUCCUGCUGGUGACCAACAGCAUUUGUAGUUACUCUGCCACAGCCAUCCUUAACAACAACGUGCCCCUUCCUGUCGACAAGGUGCUUCCUCUGCCUCUGGACAGUCCUCUUUCCUUCCUGGAUCCGUUAAAAAUGCUUCUGAAAAUGCUGGGCAUUUCUGUGGAGCACCUCGUGGAAGGGCUGAGGAAGUGUGUGAAUGAGUUGGGGCCUGCGGCUUCCAAAUGUGUGAAGAAGCUGCUGGAGGCCCUAUCACACUUGGUGUGA